AUUCUUAGAGGAGAAGGAAGUGAUUGCAUUGGACAAGCAAGUAGCGUUGUCCCCUUUCCUCUGCCUUUUUCAUUUUCAGUGGGGAGUGGUCAGUGGUCUUUAUUAUUUUCAUUGAUCAUACUAACUAAUUUGAUAUAGAGAGUUACAGAACAGAGCAGUAGCAGAGCAUUGAGAAAGAUCAAAGCAAUGGGAGUGGUGUCGAACAAGAUCGAGAGGGAGAAUCUAAAACCUGGAGAUCAUAUCUACUCCUGGAGUGUCGCCUAUGCCUACUCCCACCACGGGAUAUAUGUGGACGAGGGAAAUGUUAUCCACUUUACUCGGGGAGAAGGCCAAGAAAUUGGUACAGGAACUGGGCUAGACCACGUCAUUGGGAGCUCAUUACCUCAACAUCCUUUGGACAAUCCAUGCCCAAUAUGUAGUGAUCAAUCAAAGAGUGAUAGAGUCAUCUCUUCUUGUAUAGAUUGUUUUCUUUCAGGUGGAGAUCAUCUCUACCGCUAUGAGUAUGGUGUCGAACGAACUGUCUUUCUUGCAAAAGCUGAUGGAGGUACCUGCACUCUUGUUUCAUUUUCAUCUAAGUUAGCAAACUCGCCCGAACAAGUUAUUCAUCGUGCCAUUUAUUUCCUCCGAAAGGGCUUUGGUGACUAUGAUGUUAUCAAGAACAACAGUGAAGACUUUGCAUUAUGCUGCAAAACAGGCUUGCAAGUGAUUCCUGCUGUUAGCGUGGGCCAGAGUGGGCAGGCAGCAUCCUUUCAAGCUGCUGCUUGUGCUGGUGUUGCCCUUUCUGCAUCACUUGCGUUAGCCCGUUCUUCACCGCUUGGAGCUGUUAUUACCGGUGUUGCCGGUCUAGCGGCAAGUUAUGGCACAUACUGUGUCCAUCGUUACAUUAAUGAUAUUGGAGUACGCACAGAUGCCAAGGAAGUUGUUUUAGAGGAAGAAAAUUGAUCCUCUGUUUCCGCCGCCUGCAGUGGAACACUCGCUGCAUGCAGCAGAAGCGGAGACACAAGGUACCUUCUCCCAGAGUAAUAAUCUUUUGGCAUGCUCAAGAGUUAUAUACGAGGUUUGCAAGAAUUUGAUUAUUUUAGUGGCAAUUGAUAACAGCUUGUCAUGCAACAAGCACAACCAAAAUUAUUGCAGAAUUUGUUGUGUGUUUUAAGAUAA